GGGGGGAGGAGGAGGAAGAGGAGGGGGAGUUACCCGAGCGAACAGCAGCGCCCAGAGCCCCGGACCGGGCACCAGAAGAUCUCUGACAACCCACUCGUUUCAUGGAAGAACUACCAUCACUAUUGUGGGGAUUGGAUCCGGUGUUCCUAGCGUUUGCCAAGUUGUUCAUUAAAGACAUUUUGGAGCUAAAAGAGUCUCAUCAAGUACCCGGAAUCUUCUUCUACAAGGGACAUCCCAUCAAACAAGUGGAUAUAUUAGGAACUGUCGUCAGCGUCAGAGAGAAGGAGGCUUUCUACAGCUAUGGAGUGGAUGACAGCACCGGAGUUAUCAAUUGUACAUGCUGGAAAUCCUCUGGGCCAAAAUGUCUAUCUUCUUCAGAGAAUCAGAAAAGUUCAUCAGAAGCAAAGGAUCUUGAUGGAUUAAUGCAAGAGCUGUACAGAGAGGAAAGCGGGCGAGCCAAGAUGGAAAUUGGUGACAUCAUCAGAGUCCGGGGUUAUAUCAAGGUCUUUAGAAACCAGAGGGAGGUGGUAGCCUCAACUUUUUAUAAAGUGGAUGACCCCACACUGGAUGUGCAGAUCACCCGGAUGCUGGACCUCCCACACCUUCAUAGAAAUGUCUAUGAUAAACCAUUUAUUAUCCCCGAGCACCUGAAAGACACGUCCCAUGGACUCUCCACACAUGAUGCCGCGUCGUCACACUCUGGCCUCAUUUUACAGCUGAUUGAAAAAAUCAAGGAGUUUCUGGAAGAAAACCAAAUUUGCAACUUUUACCAGCGUGAAUUGGAAAGUGUGCCAUCCCUGAUGUCCACUGCCACCAAGCCAAGCCAAAAGACGGAGGCCGGGGAAGGUUCAAGCAUUACAUCCAGAGAAAUUCAUAAUGUAUUCAAAGAAGCCAUCCACCUGCUUCAGGAGACGGGCAUCGUGUACCUGAAAGGCCACAAGACUGGAGUCUAUCAGGUAACGGAUCGAGAUAAAGAAUUACAUAAACUGGCGCUGAGCAUCAUUCAGGAGGAUUGCCGGAGACAGAGACAUGCUGAUAAAGGCUGCCACUUCCUCCACAUACUGAAUUGUGUGCGACAGACGUUUGGUUCCAGCAUCAGUGAAACUGUAAUGCAGCGCGUCAUUGAUGCUCUUGAAAGGAACAGCGACAUCAUUAGCACCAUGGAAAAAUAUUACACCGCAUUCUAGAUCACCGGAGAAUGGGAAGCCGUGACGUUUUUCUUACAUUCAACCAUACGCUUACGGACAGUAAAGAAGGUUCAGAGUUAGAAAAGUAUGAUCUGGAUCACCCUGAAGUACGGAGACAAUAACUAUCCGCACUGAUCUUUCUGUGAUGAUGAAAUAUAAUGUAAACUUUUUAU